GCCGUGGCCACGCCCUCUGGUAAUGCAGCACGGGAGAAAGAGAAUGGAACAAAAUGAAGGACUUCGCGGCAACCGAGGCUCUUCAGUAGAGAACUAGAUUAAAGGCUCCUAACAGUUUCCGCACGGUGAUGCACAAUGCCCAUAGUGGACAAGCUGAAGGAGGCCUUGAAGCCAGGCCGAAAGGACUCUACCGAUGAGGGAGACCUUAAUAAGCUGCUCUCCUCCUCGGCCAAGAAGGUGCUACUGCAGAAGAUCGAGUUCGAGCCGGCCACCAAAGGCUUCAGCUACCAGCUGGAGACGCUCAAGACCAAGUAUGUGAUCUUGAACCCCAAGAACGAGGGUGUGGUACAGAGAGCGGCAGAGCCCACACCAAUCAAGAGGCAAGGCUCUGAAGGCCUCAGUGGAGGUCAGGGUGAUGGCAUCCCCGCACCUCAGAAGCUGCUCUUUCCAGGGAACAAACUCUCCAUGAAGUGGGAGCGAGUGUACCGGGUGGGAGCGGGCCUCCACAACCUGGGCAACACGUGCUUCCUGAACUCCACCGUGCAGUGUUUGACAUACACACCGCCGCUCGCCAACUACCUGCUGUCCAAGGAGCACAGCCGCUCCUGCCACCAGACAGGUUUCUGUAUGAUCUGCAUCAUGCAGAACCAUAUCAUCCAAGCCUUUGCCAACACCGGCAACGCCAUCAAGCCCGUGUCAUUUAUCCGUGACUUGAAAAAAAUCGCCCGCCACUUCCGGUUCGGCAGCCAGGAGGACGCUCACGAGUUUUUGCGCUACACCAUCGAUGCCAUGCAGAAAGCCUGCCUUAACGGUUACCCAAAGUUGGACAGACAGACACAGGCCACCACGCUGGUUCACCAGAUCUUUGGGGGUUACCUGAGGUCAAGAGUGAAAUGUUCUAUUUGUAAAAGUGUGUCCGAUACAUACGACCCCUACCUGGAUAUAGCUGUCGAGAUCCGGCAAGCAGCCAACAUUGUUCGUGCCCUGGAGUUGUUUGUCAAGCCGGAUGUCUUGAGCGGCGAGAACGCCUACAUGUGUGCCAAGUGUAAGAAGAAAGUGCCGGCUACAAAACGAUUCACGGUCCAUCGGACGUCGAACGUUCUCACACUGUCCCUCAAACGCUUUGCCAACUUCAGUGGAGGAAAGAUUACCAAGGAUGUUGGCUAUCCAGAGUUCCUGAACAUUCGUCCAUACAUGUCUCAAAACUCAGGAGACCCAGUGAUGUAUGGCCUUUAUGCAGUCCUGGUGCACUCUGGGUACAGCUGUCAUGCUGGUCAUUACUACUGUUAUGUAAAGGCCAGCAACGGGCAGUGGUACCAGAUGAACGAUUCGAUGGUACAUUCUAGUAACAUCAAGGUUGUUCUCAAUCAGCAGGCUUACGUCCUCUUUUACCUGAGGAUUCCUGAAAAGAAGAACACGGACAGUUCAGGUGUUAAGCAGAACUUGGUGCAUUCCGGAAGGAGUAACAUGACCCCCGAGCAGCUGAAGAAAAUCCCACUUAACGGGCCCUUGUCCUCGCCACAGAUCACCAAGAAGGUGGACACCGCUCAGCUGAGGAAGAUCCAGUCUGUGGACGGAGGACUGGGCGUGCCGUUGGCCCGUAACGGCUCAGGCAUCCAGUCGCCCAAACUGACCAACGGUACCCCGAGGGUGCCGGGUGGCCCAACGCUCAUCGAGGAACCCAUCAAGAAGCUAAAGAAGCCUCCUGUUCAGCCACAGAGCCGCAACAACAUUCCUGUCUCCUCUAACGGCGUCGCCAAGUCCGAGCAGGACAAGGGGAGCAGCGGCGAGGGGCGGAGCCUGGCAGUGUCUACCUCACUCAAGUCCCUUGCGUCAGAGUCCUCGUCAGCGGACACCUCGUCUGAGUCCAAGGAAUCGAUUGGCACCAGAAGUGCUCCCGCAGGAGACAUGACUACUCCUGCCAAGAGCAUCGUAAACAGAACGUCCUCUCCAGCUAAAAGCGCCGAGCGGCUUGCUGCCGAGGAUCAGAAAUCGGCCAAGCUGAAACCUCCCGCCCUCAACAACAUUGCAUCCGAACAAACCAGCACCAUGUCGCCCCCUCCUGCCAAGAGACUGGCGCUGUCUGCCAAGAAGGCCAGUCCCAGUCCCAGCCUCAGCCUGAGCCUGAACAGCAGCAGCAGCAGCAGCAUUGAGGCUCCAUCCUCAUCAUUGCCUCAUCAGUCUCGUGACCCUACGCAUUCAGCUCUACUUCACCCUCUGACCCCCAACUCACGUUCCCAAAUCCACAGGAUUCCAUUCCAUUCUGCCAAGCAGCCUCAGCAUGUACCUCAUCUCUUUAAAAAUGCAAGCCUGUUUAAAGAGCCGUCCUCCUCCUUCUCCUCUCCCUCCUCCUCCUCGUUUUUGAAGAAUCCCACACUUUCUUCUCCAGUCAGCAGGCUUCACCCCUGUCCUGCCAGCAACUGGGGACCAAUCCAGAGCCAAAAAACCACCGAAUCUGCCACAGGGUUUGCCGACGGCCUCACCAGUCCAACCUUGAAGAAGAAGAAAAAGAAGAAGAAGAAAAAGAGGCGCCAUUCCGAAAUGGAAAACCCCAUUGCCGAGCUUCCUGCCAAAAAGGAGCAAGAUAUGCCAGAGCUCACAGCUGAAAAGAGAAAGGUAAAAAAGCGCAAGAAACAGAAACGAGAAGAAGGGCCAAACAGCCUGACAGUGCAGAGAGAAGUCGUGCAGUGCCGUCCAGAGCCAGCAGGUCAGGAUGAAGACUGGUGCCUCGGAGAGUCGUGGAGAAUAAACCCAGAUGGAAGUUCAGAAAGGCCAAAACAGCAACCACAACGGAGCACAGAGCCAAAACCAUCUGAGACCCAAGAGCAAAUUCAGCCAGUGUUGUGUGGGACUCCACAGAACCAUCAUGACUCUGACACUAUUAAAAAGAAAAAGAAGAAGAAAAAGCACAAAGAGAAGCUGGAUGAUGAGAACAUAAAGCAUGAGACUUCUGAAAGAAAGUCUGAGAUGACACACGUAGACACAGAGUCGCCGGAUUCAAGCAUUUCAAAGAAAAAAGCCAAAAAGAGGAAAAGAGAAGCAUGCCAGAGAGAGGCUGAGGAUGCUUUGGGGGACAGUGCUGGAGACGAGUCACUUAGUCGGACCAACCAUGUGGUGCCUGAGAAGACCUGCGAACCCAGCACAGCUGCCGUGGUGGUCUGGGACAGACAGGUUCAGGACGGAUAUAAGCGCAGUAAACACACUGCUGAUUUAGAGCAGGCAUCCAGGAAAGAGUCUCGUCCCGCUGCCGCAGCCUGGGACGGCACAAAGAGCUCUAGUGUAGUCGAGGAACUGCUUAAGAACGCCACUGACAAAGCGUACGGAACUGAAGUCCUCAGUUGGGAUGGAGCGUGCUCUGCCAUCAGUAGAGAUGCCAUGCAGGACACCUUUGAUGCCAAACAUGACACGGUAAUCGACGAAUGGGAUGAAGAGUUUGACAGUGGCAAGGUAAAGAAGGUAAAGAAGUUUAAAAAAGAAAGGAGAAGUUUUAACGUCUUCCAGAAGAUCCAAGAUCGGCGCAGCAUCUGGUCUGUCACACCAGGAGGCAGAAGGAACAGUUGGGGCCAUCGCUACUGACAUGAAGGAUUCGAGAUAGAGAUCCUGUUCACACACUCUGGCUUGACCGCCUUAUUGGAGAAGAAACUCUCUGAGAAUGUUCCAGAAAUGCAAGAGGCUCGUGUGGGAAGUAAAAUAACCCGGUGAGACCAAAGCCACCUGCAAGGGCUGAAGUCCAGUAUGUGAAGUCUGAAUCAAUCGGGCCUGGGUUUGAGCAAACCACUGUGUCGUGGUGUCUGGUUCAAACCACCAUAAUAAACUAUUUUAGCUACAUAUAAAUUGAGUCUAUGGUGAAAUACUGUACUGUAUCCUGCUGCAUCAGGAAAAGGAGGCAUUUAAGAUAAAAUGGUGGAUAAUGGUGCUGUUAUUAUUGGGUUAUUGAGAGACUGGGCCUACACUACUGCCUAGACUAAUGACAAUUAAUGAAUCUGCUUUUUUCCCCUCUGUUCUUAAAGAUGUUUCGUUUUAUUACGUAUUAAAUAUAAUAUUGUCCCAUUGGCCAGUGGUUUACUACAUAUAAGCUUAUGUAAGGCCUGCAUUCUUGCUCAGUAUGGAUUCCUUUACUGAUUAUGAUUAUAUGAGCGUCAUUGAAUCCUCCCUGAAUCCUCCAUAUUGCCUGCUGAUUGCCACAAAUAUUGUUGAAGAAAAUGUGGUUCCUAUUAUAUCUGUUAUUAUAACCUUGUAUCCAAAAAUUCCAAGCUUGAUGCACCCUUAAUAUUUCACCAUUAGAAUGGAUGGAUGGACAAACUGUCUAUCUGUUACCUGUCUUAAAGGUUAUCGAAGGCUGCUUUAAUAUAAAAACAUAACCAUCCAUUUCAUCACCGGAGGUCUGCGACGGCAGAGCUCCGUCCAUUAGAAAUCCGCAGGGAAGGUUCUAGUGUGUAUUUUACAUUAUACAUGCCAAUGCCACUGUUUCUACUCUCUAUGCAAGUCCGACAGGUCUUAUAAAAAUGUUUUCUCCAUUUCUUUCCUACAGUGCAAACAACCUCUUCAUCCCUCAUUUUCACUGCUCAUUCGUAAUCCAGAGUGUAAACCUUUCUCUGGAAUUGUAGUAUAAUGCUUUAGAACAAAAAGAUUUAUUUUACUCCAGAGACCUAGCCACAGAUUAAUAGUGAGUAAGAUGUGAAGCUUUCUGGAAUAGAACAUUGUACAGUCCCACUUGUGCUAUGUGUGACUUCCUUAAACAUCCUUGUAGUCAAAAGUUUAUUCCCCCCAGAUACUUCCAUUUUAGAAAAAGUUGCCUUGAAUUAAUUAAAAAAAACAAAACGAAUAGACGAUCCUAAAAAAAAGAUCUACUUUAACAUUUAAAAGUGAGACGCAUAUUUAAAUGCGCAUGUAUUUCACAAAUAAUGCCUAAUAUAUUAAAGGGUUUUUGGACUGUGUAGAAUUUUCUCAGCGGACAGACGCGCGAGUGCUGCACAGAUCUCGGCGUCUGGAGGAACAUAAGGACUGUGAACACUGUUGAAUGUGUUAGUGUUAGAAAUGUUACUCUGAACUUUUAUAGUAGAACCAAUGCUGAAGAAUACACUGAUCUUUAAUUCAUGAUCAUUUACACCACUGGUUCUAUACCUUUAUGAUGCCCUUUCAAGACUAAGAAAAAAUGUUUAAUAUCGAGACUAUAUGAAUAUAAAUAUACAGGUGCAAUAAAGUGGGUUUUAUUUUAUUUUUAAUUUUUCACUUUUAUUUUUUCAAUUUUUCUUUUUUUUUUUUUGAGGAGGAGGAAAAAAAAUUCCUUUGGCCUUGAUUCCUAGGCUACUCCUACAAAUGUAUUUGUGAACAAAUAGCAAAAAAAAUGUUUUUCAUUGAACUGUUCCAGUUAUUUUAACUGAUGUAUUAAGAUUUUAGUUAGUUUUCCAUGUUUGGGCUUAUAUAAGGUAGUUCAAGUAAAUUACAGACAUUGACAAUAGUUGGAUUUGUAAUGUAAUGGUCCAAAUCAGGAAAAUGCAUAAGUUGUAAUAAACACAAUGAAAAUCUUAA